GACAGAAGAAGAAGUUAUUUUGUACGAUGCGACAGCAGGGUCCUGGGAACAGGUUGCGCGGAUCGACCUCUUUCCGUCAAACACAGGGUCUGCCGUGGAAAUGCCUGCUGAAGAUGAAAGCACUGAAAACACCUACCGAAACAUGGAAGCAAGUAGACC